AUGCACGCAACGCCGGAAGUAUCAUUCAGCCCUCCUCAUAUGCGCAAUGACAUGCACCAGCACGAUACAGGGCGAGAUCCGGGGCGCGAUCCCGACAGCAAACAAUCCGGCAAGGGAUCAGAGAUGAGUUGUGGAUUUCCACGCCUCCUAUCUAUCUCCCGCGUUGGAUCGGCAUGCGACCCCGACAACGUUCCAUCCCGAACCAUCGAAGGGCCGAACCGUACUUGGCUAUUCGCAGAGCCACAGCGACGGGCUCCGCGGCCCAGCUUCAUCGUCGUAGUCGCGGGGAUUGCGGGGGGGAAGCCCGUUGGCGACGCGAUGGGUAUAUCGACAGUUGUGCGAGACUACGAGUUAAGCCUCGGGACUUCUACAGCGUAA